UUAAUCAAGGCAGAUGGUGGAAAAUCUUUGAGCGUCGUUUGAGUCAAAAGAAAUGAAAUUGAACUCAAACGAUGGGGCUCGGAGGAAACUCCAGUUUGCUCCAUCGUCACAGACAACGUACUAUCUCGACAUUUCUUCCGAUAAAGUGAAAGCAAAAGCUGUACAGAGAAUUUUGUCGUUGCAUGGAAAAAUCGAGCAGUUUUUGUCAAAAGAUGUGAAUUUGGUGCUUACAGAUAAAAAUAACAUUGCCAAAGAAGAAAUCCCAGCCUCAGACGUUACACAAAAGCAGCUGCUUCCAUUUAGCAGAGGAAAAGCUCUUUUACUUAAGGCUGCAAAACGUAAAAGUCUUCCAAAUGACCCAGUGCAGAAUGCACAUAUGCUUGGUGUAGAAAUUCAGAAAGUCACAAAAUUUUUGAAGGACACAGAAUGCAUUCAGUCAAAAGAGAAGAAAAGUCGUAACAAGGCAGGGAUGUUGGAUGGAAUAGAACCCCUGACUUGGGCAGAAAAAGAGAAUUAUCCAAUUGUGAAAUGUGAAGACAUUUUAAAAAAUUACAGGCCUCUCAUUAAAAACUUGGAUGUUUUUCCACAAGUCAGAUAUGAUCCUGACUUAGCAUCUCCCUUUGAUAAAAAUGCUAUGUUAGUUCGGAAGUCAAAAGAAAAUGUCAAUCGUUAUGCUGUUCAGAAACAGACUUUACCCGUUUCCAACAGAGGGGGUUUCUGUGAAGCAUGUGACCACUGGUACAAAUGCUCACUGCGACAGCACUUAAACAGUGAAAGACAUUUGAAAUUCAUCAGAGAUAUCACCAAUUACAAGGUACUAGAUGAAAUUAUGCUGAAAUUGCCAUCCUUAGAGACAUUUGCAAAGAAGUUCAAUCUUAGUGAUAAAACACAUGAAAAUGAAACAAUAGAAGAACCACAUCAAGAAGGAUAUCAAGCAUCAGUGCCUGCUCAAGAGGAGGGAGAGCAGGAUAGGACAGAAUCUGGUGAAGUUUUCACUAGCUGUACUGACCAGGACACCAUCACAAAAACUACAGUCAGUUUCUACAAAGAAAAUAAAACUGACUGCAUUGACAAACAGGAAUGUGAAAAUAACACUGAAUAUUUAGACUUACCAAGAGGAGACUUACAAAAUCAAGAAAUGAAAGAUGUACAGGAAGAAAGUAAUGUAACAACUUCACAUAAAAAUGAAGACAAUAAGCGUCAAGACAUUCCUGAUAUGUACUUCAGUCCCAUCCACUCCCCAAGCUAUGCACCAGAUAAUCUUAGUUUUGCAGACCUGGCAAACCGCUGGAUGGCAGACAUCAAAUCAGCAUGUGUAAAUGCUAACAAGGACUCCCAUUCAUUUAUCCCUGAUAAAAACACCAAAAUUCAGCCCUCUGAUCCACAUCAACUCACCACUGAGCCAAUAUGUAAACCAACAUCCUCAGUAAGGGAUUCCAAGUCCAUAUCAAGCACAGACUGUGAUAAGAAUCAACAGACAGUGACUGUGUCUCCUAAGAAUUCUGCCUCCUGUCUCACAUCUUCCGAUACAAAUCCUGUGUCAAAUAAUGUAACAGAUUCCUCAGACAAUGAUGUGUCACAUGCAGCUAAUGCCAACUUGGUAGCAACUAAGUCAGAAACUCCCCAGCCAGUCGUCCAAACUAAGGUUCCAGUCAACAGAAGGCUGACAUAUUCCCCUUGUGUAAGUAAAGCUGACAAUAAUAGUGACGAGUCCCUCAGAGACUUUCUGGAAAACAAAGAGAACCAACCAAAUGUGCAUCAAAAAGAACAGGGCCAGGAACCAGUUCAACAACCAAUCAAAAUCAAGAUCAACUUAAACAGUCUGAAGGUCAACCCUAAUGUCCAUUUGGUCAAGUCUCACAGAAAACGCUCCAGGGGCAGUUCCUUGUCUAAUGUGUACUGCGCUGUUCAACAAAGUGACAUGAAACUUAAACUGUGCAAGGUCAAGGUCACUCCUGUCCAACAGAACGGAGAUCUUCGACAUUACUGGAAGGUGCGUAAAUCUGGAGGUUGCCGUCUUGUGUUCAGUUCAGAGAAAAGAAAGGCUAGUGAGGAGGUGGAUGAUGUAGCAUCGAAACGAAAACGCUUUGAGGUGCAAUAA